AUGCAAACAAAAUUGAACACAUUCAACGGUCUAUAUCAUAAAGCGGAUCGUUUACGUCCUAGCGGGAGUGACGAUGCUUUUGUAAUGAAGCAAGCGCUAAAGGAUUACAAAUGCAAAGAAAAAAUUGAUUUUACUCAUAUUGCGGCUUGGGAGAUUGUUAGAACAAAUCAAAAGUGGUCGCCGGUACCCUUGUUUGGUGAAGAAAGCUCCGGCUCGAGUCAAAAAAGAAAGUCUUCAGAUUCGGAAAAUUAUAGAGCGGAUACAACGAAUGUCGAAUUCUCAAGCGGAUUCGGUAUUCCUGACAUAAACGAGGAUCCCUCGCCAAGACGACAAACGAGAAAGGAGAAAAAGGACAAAGGGUCAUCUUCAAGAAACGAAGAUCUAAGACAUAUAACACACAAAUUCGAAGAGUACAGUGCCAUGAAAAAAGAGAUAAUGGUAAUUAAACGUAUACGAGAAGAAAAAUACUUGACCUUGGCGGAUGAGCAACGAGAGGCGUUGCGACAAACAAUGUACGACAAGGAAUUGGAGACGUUUAAUAGGCCUACCGAUAAUGUUCACCCUUCGAUGUUGGAAAUCACACUCGCUAGAAAACGGAAGAUCAUUAAGAGUGAAGAUCCGAACAUUCGUAUCACUCAAGAAGCAGUUUACAUCAUUAACAAAGCUUCGGAAUUUACCGUGUCACAUGCAACGUUUAAAGGCAGUUUGGAUGGCGGGUAUUCGAGAACAAGAGUUAAAGAUGAAGCUAGGAGAAGGUAUGCUCGUCGGCUACGGGAGGAGUUAGAAGAAGAUAUGGAGAGAGUGAUGUUGUUUGCUAGAUUUCUGAACGAAAGUUUGAUGCUAGCAUUUGGUCCAUCCGCUCUAACUUGGGACAUCCGCAUAAAGAUUGCUGUCGGGACUGCAAAAGGAUUGGCAUAUUUACACGAAGGCUUGGAACCAAAAGUUGUUCACCGUGAUAUUAAAUCAAGCAAUAUUCUUCUGGAUAAGAAAUGGAACGCGAAAGUAGCUGAUUUUGGACUCGCCAAGUUACUUGAAUCUGAAAAAACCUUCAUGACAACACGUGUAAUGGGAACAUUUGGAUACGUGUCACCUGACUAUGCAAGCACUGGGAUGCUCAAUGAGGGAAGUGAUGUCUACAGCUUUGGAGUUUUACUUAUGGAAAUUGUUACCGGAAGGAGUCCAGUUGAUUACUCCAGACCACCUGGAGAGAUGAACCUGGUUGACUGGUUUAGAGGAAUGGUAGUAAGUCGACUUGGUGAGGAGUUACUAGACCCAAAGAUCAAUGAACGACCUUCUUCAAGAGCUUUAAAACGAGUCUUAUUAGUGUGCCUUCGGUGUAUAGAUAUGGAUGCAAGUAAGCGUCAAAAAAUGAGCCAAAUUGUACACAUGCUCGAGGCGGAUGACUUCCCUUUUUGCAAAGCAAGUAUCUCACUCAUUUGCGUUGAAGUCAAAUCAAGUAUCGAGCUCUAAAUGUUUUGAGUUGUUUAUAAUU